GUAUUUAUUACGACAUUAUUUAUCACGAGGUGGCAUCAGCAUCUUUCAUCUCAUAUAAAAGUACUUCCACCAUCACUACUACAUCUUAGAAAUUACUUUACACUAAAACAAAUAUUUUUGUUGUACUUUACUUUGGCUUUAUACAACAUGCCUACUAGACAAGAUGUUAUUAAUUUUGCUGCCGGACCAGCUGGCAUGGCUACGGAUGUCGUAGAAGAAUAUGCCAAGGAUUUUGUGAACUUUCAAAACCUUGGUAUGGGUGUUGGAGAAAUCUCCCAUCGUAGUAAGGAAGGAACUGGUAUUGUAAACCGUACCGAAGAGAGUCUUCGUAGAAUGUACGGACUUCCCGAUAACUUCCAUAUUCUUUUCAUGCAAGGAGGUGGUACUGAACAGUUUGCUGCCGUCCUCUAUAAUGUAUAUGCCCAUCAUGCACUCUAUAAUCCCAAUGCUAAGAAAUUGGUGGCCAAUUACAUUGUUACUGGUUCAUGGAGUAAGAAAGCAUUGAAUGAAGCUCAGCGCCUUGGAUUUCCCUGUCACGUAGCUGCUGACACGAAAGAAUUGACCGGAAAGUACGGCUGUCUGCCGAAAGAUUCUGAUCUUAACUACACUCCUGCCGGAGAAACCUCUCUUGUUUACUGGUGUGAUAAUGAAACUAUUCACGGUGUAGAAUUCAAUGAACCUCCAGCAAAUAUCCCGAAGGGUGCUAUUCGUGUCUGUGAUUGUUCUUCGAACUUUAUUUCUCGCAGAAUCGACUUUUCCAAGCACGAUAUCCUAUUCGCUGGAGCCCAAAAGAAUGCUGGUCCUGCUGGUAUCACAAUGGUUUUUGUGAGGGAUUCAAUCCUUGAGCGUGCUUUGGUUCCAGAUCUUCAUAAGAUGGGCAUCCCUGUUUCUACUACUAUGGCCGACUACAAACUUAUGGCUGAUAGCAACAGUCUUUACAACACUCUUCCAAUCCCUACACUUCAUGCAAUCAACUUGGGACUUCAGUAUAUGGAGAAGAAGGGAGGAUUACCCUUCUUGGAAGAGGCUUCUUUGAAAAAAUCUCAAAUGGUUUAUCAAGUAUUAGACAAAUACCCCAUUUAUGAAAACUUUGUCGAUUCUUAUGCUCGCAGUCGUAUGAAUGUUACGUUCAGAAUCAACAAUCAAGAUCUCGAAAACAAGUUUCUCGUAGGAGCUGAGGAAUUGAACAUGAUGCAAUUGAAGGGCCAUCGCAGUAUCGGCGGUGUUCGUGUUUCAUUGUAUAACGCCAUUACCAUUGAACAGACAGAACGUUUAGUCAAAUACCUCGAGUCUUUUGGUGCUGAACAUUCAAAGUGAGUUGCACUUUCAUGAGAUCAUGUUACUGAGUGUUCAAUGUUGUAUGCUACGUCUACAAUACAAAAAAAAAAGGUUUACAAUGAAGAUUUAUUAAAGAUAAGUCAAUUUUCCCAAUGUACCAACCUGAAUCAUUAGGCCAAAAUAGUUCCAUACCGUAAAUAUAAGUAUCCAAUGUUAAAAAUAUUCUUAUGAUAACUGAAACAAAAGGGAAUUUAAUUAGAGUAACUAGGA